AUGAGCCAGGUGCACGGCAGCUUGAACAUGCUCGCCACCGGCACCACCAGCCUCGCGGAGCUCGAGCCCGACCUCCUCCCCGGGCCGUUUGGGCUGCACGGCGCCGCCUCCAUCAGGCAGAGGACCGAGCCGAGCCGGCAGAGGACCGAGUCCGAGCCAGACUCGCACGCCUACCAGGGCGGCGUCGAGGACCGGACGGCCUCCUCGGCGACCACGCGCAGGAGCCUCCGCGGGCCGCGCUCGCCGGCGACGGCAUCGGCGAGGGCCCGCGGCUCUACACGUGCACCAUCCAUCGCAAGGCGUGCGUCGGGCGCUUUUUCAUGUUCUGCCAGCGACACCAACGACCUCGCGUUCCUGAUGGCGAAGAUUGCCCGCGAGGUCCGGCAGUCCAAGGAGGCGACCGAGAGCGAGCGCCAGGCAUCGGGCGAGGCGAGCGUCUGA